AUGGAAGAAGCAAACCAAUCUGUAGUGUCUCUGUUUGUUUUUAGUGGACUUUGUAAGUCAAAGGAAUUGCAAACCAUCCUCUUAGCACCAUUUUCUAUACUCUAUGUGAUAACUGUUGUGGGAAACCUUUUUGUCGCAUUUUUGAUCAUCUCUGACCCUCAUCUCCACUCCCCUAUGUACUUCCUCCUGGCCAAUCUCUCAUUCAUUGACUUCUGCCUUUCCUCAGUCACCACACCUAAACUAAUCACAGACUUUUUAAAGGAUAACAAGACCAUCUCCUUUUGGGGUUGCAUGAGCCAGAUUCUCUGUGUCCACUUCUUUGCUGGUGGUGAGAUGGUGCUGCUUGUGACAAUGGCCUAUGACCGUUAUGUGGCCAUCUGUAAACCACUCCAUUAUGCUAGCAUCAUGAACAGACAAAAGUGCCUCUGGCUAGUUUUGAUAUCAUGGAUCACUGGCUUUGUGCAUGCACUGAGUCAGCUAGCAAUAGUUAUGGAACUGCCAUUCUGCGGACCCAGAGAAGUAGACAGCUUUUUCUGUGAUAUCCCUUUGGUAAUUAAACUAGCCUGCAAGGACAUUCAUACUACAAAAGCACUGAUAAAUGCUGAUAGUGGGUUCUUGGCCACAACCUGUUUCAUUCUUUUGCUUGUCUCCUACACUUAUAUCCUGUUAGUUGUUCGCCUUCAUGCUAAGGAUGGGGCAUCAAAGGCACUCUCUACCUGCACAUCCCAUAUCACAGUGGUUGUGUUGUUCUUUGGACCCUGCAUUUUCAUCUAUCUGUGGCCUCUCAGCAACACUUGGGUAGACAAGUUUCUUGCUGUGUUUUACACAGUCAUUACACCUCUCUUGAAUCCAGCCAUUUACACACUGAGGAAUAAAGAGAUUAAAAAUGCCAUGAAGAGACUAAUAAAUCAGCAGCAGGCCCAAGGACCACAGGCCCUUGUGCCAAGUGCGGAAUGCCACGAAACAGCAUACAGCCAAGACAUUGUCUUCACCUGGGAUAUUAUCCUGCUGUACCAGCUGGGUCCAAAGCUGGAAGGAUCCAGCAAUUACCCAGGGCUCAUCUUGACACGCUACCACUGUUCUCAGAUGGACUCUGAUUCAUGA